GCUCUCGCAGCAUCGAGGGAGGCAGCAAACGUUGCAGCCAGGGAACAGGCUGCAGCAGCAGCCAGGGCAACAGCCAUGUCUUCUGCAGCAGCAUCCUCCACUGCAUCUUCUGUUGUCUCCUCGUCUGGACCCCAGUUGGAAAUGCCAACAGGGUCCGCGGGCACUUCCAGUUCAGUAGGAUCACGUUAGUCUACAAGUCAAAUGGCGGGCUCGCAGUUCAGCCCGUUGACUCCUUGCGAAAGGGAGCUCAGGGAGCUCCAACAGGUCGAAAGGAUCCGUGAAAGAUUAGAGAGGGAACUGAAACAAGCUACCGACAGAGAAAGGGAAAUCAAAAAUAGAACAGCCAGGCUUGAUACAUUAGAGGCUGACAAAGCCGAGUUAGAGGGCUUGGAUGACUCUGGAAUGAAUGAGCCCAUGAAAGUGUUGAGGAACAACAUGCUGUCGCUGCAUGCGCAUGUGGACAGCAGGUUGGACUUCAUGUACAAAACUUUGGACCAGAUCCUGGACGUUCUGACCAGGCCAGGAUUUAGGCCACCAGCACAAUCGCCGUUGCCGUUAUCGGCGAUGUCCGGCCCCUUUCCAGUUCAAGCUCGUACACAACCAAGUGGUACGUCUGCAGCAGUCGCACAGACUGUUGCAUCUUCUUCUUCGGGUCCAGCGGUGGGAGCUACACCACCGCAACAACCUGUUCAGCAAUCUGGAGAGCCGCAGGGUCAAUGGUAUCCUAAGACCCCAAUGAAACCGCCUCUUGCCUUCUCAGGCGAGAGAAAGGACGAAGAACUCAACACAUGGUUGAGGACCAUUCCGAUUUGGGUGAAGGCAAAGAGGACCUUGCCUGAGGAUGAAGUGGUAACUGCUGCAUCUUACCUCGAGGGUAAGGCAGCCAAAUGGCUAGAUGGUGUAGUUGUGAAGGCAGGGUACGGGCGACGUAUGGCGGACUGGGCUAAGUCAUUAACGUUAGACCAGUUCAUGAAAAUGGUAGAAGCUCGAUGGCAUAAUCCACAGGAGGCACAAAGAGCCACUGAUGCGAUUAACAAACUGGACCAACGAAAGUUCAAGUCGGUCAGAGAGCUUACGACUACCGUUGAGAGCCUGAUCCUCGUCCCUGGCAUCAACUAUAGUGACCAGUUCCUGUUAACAACCUUUGUUAGAUGUCUUCUCGAGAACAUCAGGAACUUGCUGGCCAGCGAGGCACGCCUCGAGUACCAUUCGUUUGAGACAUUGUCUAGGAAAGCCUUAGAUUUAGAGGUCACUCUAGGCAAUGCUCAACCCUCACAAAGUGACACGAAGAAGAAAAAGAGUCCUCAGGAGUGGAAGAAGAAGGGGGCGAAGUUGAUGAUGGUUGAGUUCGAUGGGACUCAAACGGAAAUCGAUGAGCUCACUGACCUGAUGGACUACUCAGAGUACGACGGCGAGGAGACCGUUGAGGGUAGCACCCUCGCCGCAAUUGUAAGGGCUAAGGCAGGUGGCCGAGGGAAGGGCCAACCAAGGGGUCAAGGGAAGGCCGCCUCCAAUCAGACCAAGCAGGCUGAUUGGGUGAAGGCAGGUCUUGAUCAAGACGUGUGGCGUGACCGCCGAGUGCGUGGCGCUUGUAUCAACUGCGGGGAAUAUAGACAGAGUGUUUCCAUGGAUUUCAUGGACACCCUGGUGACUAGUAAGAGUGGCAAGAGGCACAUCUUCGUCAUCAUCGAUCGAUUCACCAAGUACGCUAGACUAGUGGCUAUGCCAGAGACCGCAAGAACUGACUAUGUCAUCAAGUUGUUCAAAGACAACUGGGUGCGUGACUUUGGUUUACCAAAGUCAAUCGUUAGUGACCGAGAUGUCCGAUUCACAAGUGAGUUGUCGAAGAAGAUUGCAGAACAGAUGGGCAGUCAACUUCAGAUGACUUCAGGGAAUCAUCCCGAAGCCAACGGACAAGCCGAGCAAAUGAACAGAGUUGUACAACACUUGCUGAGGCAUUACAUCAAGCCCAGCCAGGAUGAUUGGGAUGAGCAGUUGCCUCUCAUCGCCAGCCUAUACAACAAUGUUGUCCACAAUAGUACCAACGUUAGUCCUAAUCAACUUCACUUGGGAUGGAAGCCUAGAUCAGCAGUAGACUUCCUCCUACCUGAAAACCGACCCGCUGCAACUCUAGGCACACUUGAGUAUGGUGUGCAGUAUGAGAAGUUGCUGCAAGAAGCUGUCGAGCACAUGAAGAAAGCUCAGCAAGCAAUGAUUGCUUAUGAGAAUCAACACCGUAGACAGUCCACAUUUCAAGUAGGGGAACGUGUUUGGGUCAAGGCUAACGAGUUAGGACAGGAAUUUGGAAUCUCUCGCAAACUAAUGCCUCAGUACUUUGGUCCCUAGGAGUCCUGGAUAUAGUGGGAGAUGAGAUGGAUGGUCCCACAAGUGUCAUUCGUGUCCCUGGACACCUACGCACUCACCCAGUCUUUCAUGCCUCAAAGCUUGCACCUUUCGC